CCUGAAUGUGUCUCCUGGCUCGCGUUGUUGUCUGAUGCAGUAAGCUAGCCCUCAGCAGACGAGCAGCUGCUAACAGACGGAGCCGCGUUCAACGCAGUUAUAACAAAGUACUUACAACCAAAGCGCGUAAAGAAUGAGAAGAGUGACGUUAUUUAUUAACGGGACUUGUAAAAAUGGCAAGGUUGUAGCAGUGUACGGCACCUUUUCCGACUUACUCUCUGUAGCCAGCAAUAAGUUAGGAAUAAAAGCCUCAUGUUUAUACAAUGGUAAGGGCGGUCUUAUAGAUGACAUUGCUCUUAUAAGAGAUGACGAUGUCCUGUAUGUGUCAGAGGGAGAUCCAUUUAUCGAUCCUCAAAAUGAAACCAAGGUUAGAUCUGAUCCACACGGAGCACACACCGACUGGCUGACCCUCAAUAUCGGUGGCCGUCUCUUCACCACCACCAGGAGCACAUUGGUCAGCAAGGAGCCAGAGAGUAUGCUUGCUCACAUGUUUCGAGACAAAGAUGUGUGGGGGAACAGGCAGGACGCGCAUGGGGCUUACCUAAUCGACCGCAGCCCCGAAUACUUUGAGCCUAUUCUCAACUACUUGAGGCAUGGACAGCUCAUUAUCAAUGAAGGCAUAAAUAUAAGAGGUGUCCUCGAGGAGGCUCGCUUCUUUGGAAUUGAGCAGCUUGCUGAGCAGCUGGAGGUCGCAAUCAAGAACUCACAGCCUCCGGAAGACCACUCGCCCAUCUCCCGCAAGGAGUUAGUUCGGUUUCUUCUGGCGACGCCCACCAAGUCAGAGCUCCGCUGUCAGGGGCUGAAUUUCAGUGGUGCUGAUUUGUCCCGACUCGAUCUGCGCUACAUCAACUUUAAAAUGGCUAAUCUGAGCCGCUGCAAUCUGACACACGCCAACCUGUGCUGCUCCAAUCUGGAGCGGGCGGAUCUCUCUGGAGCCAACCUGGACGGUGGGAACUUACAGGGGGUGAAGAUGCUCUGCUCCAAUGCAGAGGGAGCCUCUCUGAGAGGGUGCAACUUUGAAGAUCCAUCUGGACUGAAGGCAAACCUGGAAGGUGCCAACCUGAAAGGAGUUGACAUGGAAGGAAGUCAAAUGACCGGUAUCAACCUGCGUGUGGCCACUCUGAAAAAUGCAAAGCUGAAGAACUGCAACCUCCGGGGAGCCACUUUAGCGGGGACCGAUCUGGAGAACUGUGACCUCUCCGGCUGUGACCUACAAGAAGCCAACCUGAGAGGGUCCAAUGUGAAAGGAGCCAUAUUUGAAGAGAUGCUGACUCCGCUGCACAUGUCACAGAGCGUCAGAUAACUCCUCAUACACACCCACUCACACACCCACACACACACGUGUCCAGUGUGACCACAGCUGGCUUCUUUAAUGCUCUUUCCUUCCAGUCAGCCUCUCUCAGGCUCCACUCACCUGUCUGCUGCACAGGUACUCGUAUGCACACCCCUGGCAUUCCACCGACGUUCUGUCAGCUUUAAAUAUCUUGCACUAGAAUGAAUCCAGGGUGGCUGAUGUAAGUUUGUAUGACGGGACGUUUCCCGCUCGCCGUAUAUCACCAAAAAAAACGAAAGCGGAAAAAACUGCACUCGUGUGAUAGUUCACAUCGUUUAGAAUCCUGUCGUGUGUGUGUGUGUGUGUGUGCAGUGAAGUCCACAGCACUGGACUCCUCUGAAUGCUGCUGAAGCGUCAAUUGAAGGAGACACUCGUAUAGAAGUGUGUAACGUGAUGUCGCUGGAUUCAAAUAUGUUGCGAUGAAGCAAUGCAAGCCAAAGCCAUACAACAGCACAGUCUAAAAGCUCAAAAAAACUAUGCGUCAACACAGCUUGGUAUGCAAUACGUGGUUUACAGCUGUGCAGUUGUUUCUCCUUUUUUUAAUUUGUAAUUAUUGUGUUCUUUGGUUCUGACAAAGGUCCCUGUUCUACGCUCGGUGAAUCUACCUCUUUUGUUUAUCCGGCGUGUGAGUCACCCACAGUUGCAUGCAUUUAACUGUGGCACUGCUCGGUGUUACGUUUAUAUUCUUCCCAUAACGAGAAAAACGAUGCUUUAAUUUCUUUUUUUUUUAUGUCGUCAGUGUGGGUUUACCUGGAAACAUUCUCUCUAUAUAUAUAUCAACAUGUAUCACUUAAUCAUGCUUUGAUCUUCUUUGCACAAUAUAUAUAUGUUAAAUUAUAACAAUGUUGUACCUUUUUCACCAAAAAAAAAAAGCUUGGUGCUUGUAAAUCAAAUCCAGUGCUUCCCAGAAAAAAAGAAAUCACUUUAAAGAGUGGGGCAGGAGUCUUGGAUCUCUUGGUGUGCGUCUGCAUGUGUUCGCCGCGUCGAGCUGCACUCGUCCUUUCUGAAGAAGUUUCUCUCUGUAGCUCAAAAGCUGCUCCGACGCGACGCCGUUGAAGAGCGAGGUACUCUUACGCCUUGUGAGAAUGAACGAUGAAGGCAAUCAUUCUGCGCGCGCGCGCGUCACCUUAAGUGUGCGACUCGAUUGAAGCGCCGUAGCUAUUUAUUUUAAUACAUCUCACUGAAUGCAAUAUGGGGUAAAGGUUAGUUUGUUGUUUGGGGGAGAGAGGUGAGCGACGUUGUUCUCCCCAUUUAUGAUGAUUGCACUCAACCGUGGAAGUAUAUUUCCAUAAAUGACUGUUAUAAAUAAAUUACCAUGAUGAAGAACAA